GUGAAAGUGAAAGUCAGCGUCUCCAUUUUGUGUGGAGGGGAAAAUACACAAUUUCAGGAGUAAAAACACAGGUUUGAUUUAACACACCGAUGUUGGAGUGAAGUAAACGUGUGUCCUGCUGUAAUCUGGAGAAGGAGACAUGACCUCCAACAUGAGUGUGUCUGGAGAACAGGACUUAAAGAGAGACGAGAGAAUGAUGGAGGAAAAGAGAUCAGACUCACCAGAACCCAGCUGUGUGUCCAUGAAGAGUGACCAGUCGAUGGGACAUCCAAUUACCUUCAGAGACGGAGCCAGUUCUCCUGAUGUGAGACCACAACAGAAGAAAUCAAACAUCAGCAGAAUUCAGCUGGAAUCCAUAUUCAAGGAGCUGGAACACAAAGUCAUCACUCUGAUAAAGAAUGAACUGAAGAGGUUUAGGAAGCUCCUGAGUCCAGAUUACCCAGCAUGCACUGAGAGGGGGGUGGAGGAUGAGGAGGAUCUGCACAGUGUCAGAGAGGGAGCGCUGAAGAUCACACUGCACGUCCUGAAGAACAUGAACCACACAGAUCUCGCUAACACACUGCACAACAAACUCGCCUCUGUGUAUCAGACAAAGCUGAAAUCCAGCCUGAGAGAGAAGUUUAAAAGAAUUAAUGAAGGAAUCUCACAGCAUGGAAGCUCAGCACUUCUGAAUGAGAUCUACACAGAGCUCUACAUCACAGAGGGUUGGAGUGGAGAUGUCAAUAAUGAACAUGAGGUGAGACAGAUUGAGACAGCUUCCAGGAGACCAGCAGAAGAGGAGACACCCAUCAAAUGUAAUGAUCUCUUUAAAGACAAGUCCAUCAGAAGAGUGCUGACUAAAGGAGUUGCUGGAAUUGGAAAAACAGUCUCUGUGCAGAAGUUCAUUCUGGACUGGGCUGAAGGAAAAGCAAAUCAGGACGUCACCUUCAUGUUUCCACUUCCCUUUAGAGAGCUGAAUCUGAUGAAGCAGAAACAUCUCAGUCUGAUGGAUCUUCUUCAUCACUUUUUCCCUGAAAUGAGAAAACUACAAUUAAUAGACUCCUACAAAGUGGUGUUGAUCUUUGAUGGUCUGGAUGAGUGUCGACUUCCUCUAAAUUUCCAGAAGAAUGAGAGACUGUGUGAUGUGACAGAGUCAGCCUCAGUGGACGUGCUGCUGACGAACCUCAUCAAGGGGAAUCUGUUUCCCUCUGCUCUCCUUUGGAUAACCUCUCGACCAGGAGCAGCCAAUCAGAUCCCUCCUGACUGUGUAGACCAGGUAACAGAGGUACGAGGGUUCAGUGAUCCUCAGAAAGAGGAGUAUUUCAGGAAGAGGAUCAGUGAUCAGAGCCUGGCCGAUGAAAUCAUCUCACACAUGAAGUCUUCAAGAAGCCUCUACAUCAUGUGCCACAUCCCAGUCUUCUGCUGGAUCUCAGCCACUGUUCUAGAGAGAAUGUUGUGUGAAGCAGAGAGUGGAGAGAUCCCCAAGUCUAUGACUCAAAUGUUCACACACUUCCUGAUCUUUCAGAUCAAACACAAGGACCAAAAGUACCAUCAGAAAUGUGACCUUGAUCCUCAGCAGACCAGAGAGAGUAUCCUGGCACUGGGAAAACUGGCUUUCCAACAGCUGGAGAAAGGAAACCUGAUCUUCUAUGAGGAAGACCUGAGAGAGUGUGGCAUUGAUGUCGGAGAAGUGUCAGUGUACUCAGGAGUGUGUACCCAAAUCUUCAGAGAGGAGUUUGGGCUUCACCUGGGUAAGGUGUUCAGCUUUGUACAUUUAAGUGUUCAGGAGUUUCUGGCUGCUUUAUACACAUUUCUCUCCUUCAUCAGCAGAAAUGUAACAGAACAACAAUCCACUGAUCUGUCUGAUCUUUUCACCAAGUCAGACAUGUCUGAUCUCCACAGGAGUGCAGUGAACCAGGCCUUACAGAGUGAGAACGGACACCUGGACCUGUUCCUCCGCUUCCUUCUGGGUCUCUCACUGGAGUCCAAUCAGACACUCUUACAAGGCUUAAUACCACAGACAGGAAGCAGCUCUCACAGCAAACAGGAAACAGUCGAGUACAUCAAGGAGAAGAUCAGGGAGAAUCCAUCUCCAGAGAACUCCAUCAAUCUGUUCCACUGUCUGAAUGAACUGGAUGAUCAUUCUCUAGUGCAGGAAGUACAAACUUACCUGAACAGAGAAGGAUACAGGUGUCUCAGUGGAACCAGACUCUCUCCUGCUCAGUGGUCAGCUCUGGUGUUUGUGUUACUGAACUCAGAACAGGAGCUGGAUGAGUUUGAUUUGAGGAAAUAUGACCGAUCAGAGGAAUGUCUUCUGAAGCUGCUGCCAGUGGUCAAAGCCUCCAGAAAAGCUGUGCUGUGUGAGUGUAAUCUGACAGAGGAAAGCUGUAGAGUUCUGUCCUCAGUUCUCAGCUCAAACUCCGCCAGAUUGAAAGAACUGGACCUGAGUGACAAUAACCUGCAUGAUUCAGGAGUGAAGCUGCUCUCUGCUGGACUGGAGAAUCCAUACUGUACACUGGAGAUACUGAGGCUGUGUGUGUGUAAACUGACAGAGGAAAGCUGUAGAGUUCUGACCUUAGUUCUCAGCUCAAACUCCUCCAGACUGAGAGAACUGAACCUGAGUAACAAUAAUCUGCAGGAUUCAGGAGUGAAGCUGCUCUCUGCUGGACUGGAGAAUCCACACUGUACACUGGAGAAACUGAAGAUGCGUUACUGCAGUAUUACAGAUGAAGGUUGUGCUGCUCUGGCUUCAGCUCUGAGGUCAAACUCCUCAUCACACCUGAGAGAACUGUAUCUGGAGUGGAAUAAUCCAGGAGAAUCAGGAGUGAAGCUGCUCUCUGAUCUACUGAAGGACCCAUACUGUAAACUGGAGACACUACACAUUAAGGGUAAUAAACUCACCAGGACUGGCGUAUGACAGGAGUCUCACCUCAAACCUCUUCUCCUGUAUAAAGCAGUUUUGGUGAAGAGUUAGAACCUGUCCGACAUUUCCAGCAGUUUGGGACCUGAAUCAUUAAACUUAAAGGGGCAGAGCAGAAACAAAGUCAAGAACAGGCAGAAGGUCAUACAUAGGAGAAAUCAACACACGUAACCAAAUAUCUGCUUGUUGUACCUAAUUUUACCAAAUUACCAAAUACUAUUAAGAUUUAAUGCCAGGUACUUACAUCAGCUUGAGGAUGAAGAAAAACACAGAACAAUGAGUGAGGAAAGAAAGGGUCCAAUUUAUUGCUUCAACACACGAGAUCCACACAAUGGACGUCCCAAAGUGAUCUAAAAAUCCCCAAAGACGGGGCUCCCUUUUAUACAGUUUAUCAAGCUUAGUACAUGCCCCUUGUUUUGCCCGAAUACCAAUAUGUCUGAUUUCUGGGUGAUUUCCUCAACUAUUAUCUUGAAUUCCGGGUGCUUUCCAACACCCUUUAUAUUUUCCUUUCUUUACUUUCCGAGAACCAUUAAAGACAUGUUUCUGGGGAUUUCCAAAACCAUUAAGUUUGACCUUGCUCUGCUUUCCUUUUUUAAAAACCAACUUCUGCUUUCCAUGGCAUUUUUGAGCUGUCCAUCAUCGAGAGAAGAACUUAGCUGUGU